GCCAAUUUGGCAUCAAAUUUAAAAAAUAAUACCCAUGGGUACUUAUAUAAGCGAUUCAUAAUAAAUACCAGACAUUGAUUUAAAUGUGGUUUAUAAAUGUUCAAAAAAAGUGGCGAUUAUAGUACAUUCUUAUAUUGUUUAAUUUAUAAACUAUAGUUUGUAUACAAAAAUGAAGUUAUUAGAAUAAACAUAACCUCAAACGUUAAGAUAAUUUAUAAGCUGGUUUGUCAAAAAUGACAGUCCAUAAUAUUUAUAUUUUUGAUAAAAAUGGAUUACUUCUUUAUUAUCAAGAAUGGAACAGGCUUAAACAGUCUGGAAUGACAAGAGAAGAGGAAGGAAAAUUAAUGUAUGGUAUGUUAUUUUCUAUUAAGUCGUUUGUUAGUAAAAUAUCUCCUACUGAUACAAAGGAAGGGUUUUUGUAUUACAAAACCUCAAAAUACACUUUACAUUUUUUGGAAACACCCUCAGGAUUAAAGUUUGUGUUAAACACUGACAUACAUUCCACAGGAGUUCGAGAAUUGCUUCAACAAUUGUAUAAUCAGAAACACAGUUUGGGCUACGAAGAUGGUCAUGCAUGCUACACAACGAGCUGUAAUUUUUGCAAGAAAAACUUGAAACAUAAACCAAAAAUAUAUGUUAAUAAAACUACUGGUUUGUUUAUGUGUAGCUAUUGUAAAAAAUCCGGCGGUUGGCAUCAAUUUGAGACUUUAAUUGGUAAUGUUGGAAAAGAAAAAAGACGAAACACUGUUAGUGAAGUUGAAAUUAAUGAAAGAGAAAAAAUUACAGAGUGUUUGAAAAAGGUUAAAUGCACAACUAAUUUAAUAUUUGAAUUACCAGAUGAAUGUUUACAAGAUAUACUGUAUAAAUUUAAACUGCCAUUAGUAUCAAAAAACUCAUUGGAAAAAUUAAAAAUUAGAAUAAAUAAUAAGCAUACCAAGUUAUAUUUUCCUUUGGAAAAUUCGGAAAAUGAAACAGUAGGUUACAGAACAAUUUCGUUAACUUUAAAAGAGGAAGUAAUACCAUGCACCACUUAUGGCGGCAUGCUGGUUUUAAAGGGCCAAAAAAAUAGAGACACAAUAAUUUUAGUACCAAAUAUUGCCGAUGUCUUAGUAUUAUCUGAUUCUAAUACAAGUGGCAGUGUUGCUUGUCUUCCAAAUGGUGUUAAUACACUGUCACAAUAUGUCUUACCAAGCCUAGAAAGGUUUAAAAAAGUGAUAUUAUGGUUAGGAAAUGAUAUCCAAAGCUGGGACUCUUCAAGGAAGUUCUCCAAAAAGUUGGGUCAAAAAAGAUGUCAGUUUAUCAGACCAUCAGACACAAAUAAUCUACCUCAUUUAGUUACUACAGAUGAUAUUAAAUCUAUUUUGGCUACAGCCCAGUCUUUAUUUCAUAAAUCUAUAACUACCUUUGCAAGUUUAAGAGCUGAUGUUUUAUCUGACUUACAGAAUAUUGACAAAGUACAGGGUAUUAAGUGGAAAAGAUACCCCACGUUGAACAAGAUUCUUAAAGGACAUAGACAAGGGGAGUUAACUGUAAUAACUGGCCCAACUGGAAGUGGUAAAACUACUUUUAUUAGCGAAUAUUCUUUGGAUCUAGCAAUGCAAGGCGUAAAUACUCUCUGGGGAAGCUUUGAAAUUCGUAACGCAAGAUUAGCGCGCACAAUGCUACAACAAAUGUCUGGAAUACAACUAGAAGAAAACUUACAUGUUUUUGAACAAUGGGCAGAUGAAUUUGAAAAGCUACCAAUUUAUUUUAUGACUUUUCAUGGACAGCAGAGUAUUAAAGUAGUCAUGGAGGCAGUUGAGCAUGCCACCUAUGUUCAUGACAUAUCACAUGUUAUCAUAGAUAAUUUACAGUUUAUGAUGGGGAUUUCAGAAGAGUUAAAACAUAUGGAUAGGUUCUGGAAACAAGACGCUAUAGUUGGGGCUUUUCGAACCUUCGCCACCAAGAAAAAUUGCCAUGUUACUUUGGUUAUUCAUCCGAGGAAAGAACGCGAAGAUGAAGAUUUGACUACUAGUUCCAUUUUCGGAGGAGCAAAAGCAUCUCAGGAAGCUGACAAUGUCUUAAUUAUUCAAGAUAAAAGAUUGGCUUCUUCUAGAGGAAAAAAAUACUUACAGGUGGCAAAAAAUCGAUUUAGCGGCGAUCUGGGGCUAAUGACUUUAGAUUUUGAUAAAUCUAGUUUAAGUUUUAGUGCCAAAAAAAGUAAAAAGACAAAAGAUGAUAAAGAAGAAAGUCAAAAAUAUGAUGGACAAAUUAAUCCAUGA